UGAGCAGGUCGGGACUGAAUAGAGAUGGCAGACUGGAACUCCACCCCCUACUCUCCAGUUCAGUAGAUUUUCAUCUGAGUGAGAGAUUCUUCUAGCGAAGUUUUCUCCGCUUCGACACGGAACCGCCUCUUUAAGCCGAAAACCAUAUCAGACAUCUCCCGGUGCUAUUGCUGUUGAAAGACCUCGCUCUGUGUCCCGUCAGCAGGAGCGAAGACUGCUGUGAACAACCUCAUCAUGAACUGGGCAUUUCUCCAAGGCCUCCUCAGUGGAGUGAACAAAUACUCUACAGCCUUUGGCCGAGUGUGGCUGUCCAUCGUCUUCCUCUUCAGGGUCAUGGUGUUUGUGGUGGCAGCAGAGAAGGUUUGGGGGGAUGAGCAAAAGGACUUCAAAUGCAACACAGCUCAGCCUGGCUGUCACAACGUUUGCUAUGACCACUUCUUCCCAGUGUCUCAUGUGCGUCUGUGGGCUCUGCAGCUCAUCUUUGUCACCUGUCCAUCACUGCUGGUGGUCAUGCAUGUGGCCUACAGAGAGGAUAGAGAGAAGAAACACAGGGCCAAAUAUGGAGACAACUGCCGUAAACUUUACCAGAAUACAGGGAAGAAGCGUGGUGGUUUGUGGUGGACUUAUGUGCUCACUCUUGUUUUUAAAAUAGGAGUGGAUGCCACCUUUGUGUACCUCCUCUACCACAUCUACGAGGGCUAUGACUUCCCUUCCCUCAUAAAGUGUCAACAGGCCCCUUGCCCAAAUAUAGUGGACUGCUUCAUUGCACGUCCCACUGAGAAGCGAAUCUUCACCAUUUUCAUGGUGGUCACCAGCCUGGCAUGUAUUGUCCUCUCAGUAUUUGAAAUCCUCUAUCUAGUGGGCAAACGCUUUCGAGAAUGCUUCAAUGGACAGCACCGCUCUCGACGUUCCUUGACAGAUGCAAUGUACAGCGGAAACGCUCUUAUGGAAACCAACGAUUUAAAAUCUGCCACUCCAAAGACCCCUGUUCCUUCAUACAACAUGGCUGUGUCUAAUGACAAUCUUUUAAAAGGAAAGUAGGUUUGAUUAACUAGAAGUGCUAGAUGUACUGCAACUGACUAAAAGGCUGUUAUCUUCCAAACUUUGAAAGAGGAAGUUCCUUCCUGUUCUAAGACAAUGAACUGGAACAGUUGAACAACAAUGGCAAUGGAGUCAUGAAAUAAAUAUUGUCCUUGCCACACUGUGUCUAAUAACUCAGGAAUGCGGUUUCUUACUAUUUCGUAUCAUCAAAAUACAAAGUUCCUUACACAUCGGUUUGGAUGCAGAUCCUUUAUUUGACUCAGACUUUGGACAAACAUGUGGUUUUCUGUGUAAGAUUUUCCCUCAUUUUGGCUCCAGACUUUUUAAACUCUACCAUGACCCUUUGUUCUGAGGAUAGUUGUUCUGUAUAUAUUGUAAUUUAAUUAAUAUAAUUUAAAACAGAGAGAUUGUGCUGCUAUGCAAGUUGUGGUAUUUGACUGUUUAAACAGGUAGAAAAGGGAGAAUGAUGAGUUUGCAGAGUACUUUUCUAAACACCGUUGCUCACAUUGUAUAUAUAUGACAAAACAGAAAUGCAAGCCUAGAUGGGCUUAUAACUAUUUUGUUUAAAUAAAGAUGUUUUUUU